AGAGAGUUUGCACGUAUGUCAGAGGGACUAUGGUGGAGGGCUGGUGAAGAUGAUGGCAGCUCUCUGCGAGGAUGGCACAUAUGGACUCAAUUGUGGUCGCAAGAGCGACAGAAUAUCAGUUUUACAUGUCAAACUGACAGAAUCAGCCUUUAAAGCGCUAGAAAAUUACCAAAACUGUAAGAAUGCACCAUCCCCACAGGCGACGAUACGUUUUCAGGGUCUUCAAGGGCGCAUUAAAAUCCCAACGACAGAUGCUUCCGAUGGCUCUCAAAACUUCGACUUUUAUCUGUCCAACUACGGCAAAGACAAUCCUCAAGGAAGCUUUGAGUGUAUCCACCAGUACAUAUCUAGCUCUGGGGUCCCCAAUCUGUCCUCCUUGGGAACGAUUCAAGACAAAAUGACAGUAUGUGCCACCAAUGACUCCUACCAGGUGACCAAAGAGCGCGUGACCAAAGCAGAGGAGGAUAAAGUCAAGAACAGCACCAAAUUCAUCAAACCUGGAGGACCGUUCAGAGACAAAAAAAUCCAGCAUCGAAAACCGGCCCCCUCAGCCCCCGACCCGGCUCCAGAGAGGAAGCAGACCACUCCCCUCAACCCAGCCAACACCAUCCGCAAGUGCCUUACCAACAACCCCGUAUCACAACGUCCGUACCGGGACCGCGUCAUUCACCUCCUGGCCCUGCGCUCCUACAAGAAGCUAGAGGUGCUCGCCAGACUCCAAAGAGACGGUGUCAGCCAGAAAGAUCGCAGCUCUAUGGGCACAACACUACACCAGGUGGCCAAUCUAAACCCUAAGGAUAACUCGUAUUCGCUGAAAGACUUUAUCUUCCGUGAGGUCCAGAGGGAUUGGCCGGGCUAUACGGAGGAUGAACGGGUUCAGGUUGACAGGAUCCUGGCACGUAAAUUGGGCUUGAAUUCAGAGUCUGUCUCAUCCAGCAGCCCAACCAAAGAGCCAACAUCCCCACUGAAACAGCAACCUGAGGCCGACUUCAUCGAUCCUCUGAUGUCUAAGAAGCCUCGAAUCUCCCAUCUCAGUAACCGAGGACCUCCCUCCUUGUCUGGUCGCCAUCCUUCGGAAACUGGGGACAAAAAACCUGCACCCACGGCCGCCUGCCCUGGACCUGCUUUUCACCCUCCACCUGUCACAGGCUCUAGUUCAAAUUCCCCCAGCACGCCGGAGGGCCGGGGGUCUCAGGAUCUGCCCCUGGACCAGAGCUCUAUAUGUGGGAACUCCUCGGAGAGCUACGCGACCCGCAACCACACGCCUAGCCCUCCCAGCCAGCCGGUUUCCACGACCUCCCCCUCAUCCUUCUCUACCUGUACUGUCUCGACAACCACCAUCACCUCCACCACUACCACCAGCAGUGGCCUCCACGUUCCCUCUGCCGCGUCUCCUACAGCCAGCCGUGAUGGCAAUGGCAGCAAAAAGCCCAAGAAGUCCAAGAAGCACAAAGAUAAAGAGAAGAAGCGAGAAGGAGAACGAGAGAUGGAUAAGGAAAAGGAUCGGAAGAGGGAUAGAGCGCAUCGCAAGGAGGAUCACUGUGACAAGGAAGCACAGCCCAGAAAGAAACACCGGAGUGAGGCAGAACAUAAACACAUUCCUGCCAACAUCAGCCACGAAUCGGACAAAGAAGCUGGCAAAGACAAGCCUGUCAAAAGCACUGAAAUGCCUAUCCCAACGAAGCCUGAUUACAUAGUUAAGUACACUGCAGUGAUAUCUGUGGAUCAGAGGCAGCACUAUAAGGAUGACUUCAAUGCGGAAUAUGAUGAGUAUCGUAUCCUUCAUGCCCGUGUUGAGAGCGUUACGCGUCGUUUUACAAAACUGGACAACCGGUGUAGGCGUCUAGCUCCAGGAACUAAAGAGUACCAGGAAGUACAUGAACAGGUGCUGCAAGAAUACAAAAAAAUUAAACAACAUAGCCCAAACUACUAUGAAGAAAAACAGCGCUGUGAGUACCUGCACAACAAACUGGCCCACAUCAAAAGGCUGAUCGCUGACUUCGACCAGCGGAGGGCGCAGUCCUGGCUGUAGGGCACGGGACCAAGCAAACACCUCGGCCAAUCAGAGCGCUCCUCAGCCGGAGUACCAUCUUUAGGGGAGUGUGGGGAUCAAACAGCUCCUUAUUUAUUCUAUUUACAGAUUCCCCACUCGCCUGUUUCCCAUACCUGGCCGCCUUCAUCACUCUUUUUCUUAUUUUCUUCCUUGUUCAUCCUUUCCCAUACCUUUUAUUCUUCAUUCUCUUUCUUUUUGAAGGACUUUUUUUGAAAGAAAAAAAGGACAAAGAAAAAUUAAACAUUUUUGAAUGCAAAAAGAAAAGUUACGCAAUCCAAAACCGCGGGCCUUACAACGCAUAUUCCUUGAAGCCUUUUGCACAGGGGUGAUCGAGCCAGUACAUGUGAAAAAGUGGCCAUAGAAGAGGGUGUUUCCAAGAGCCUUGAGACUUCCUUUCUCCCAGUGGCCCUGUUGUUUUUUUUUGUUGUUUUUUUACAGCAUCAGUAUUCACGCCCACAGUGCAAAUGAUGCCUUAAGGUAUUAAUACAGACACAUAACAAUGUGGCAUCAGUGAGACGUACAAGCACCCGGGGCAGUGGGGAGAAGUUAUGACCUGGUCACAGGUCCACCGCACAUUCAUGGAAAGUGAGUGAGUGAGAGAGAGAUAGUGAGUGAGUGAGAU